GGCAUUUAUACAUAUAAAAAUGUAUAGGAUAUAAUAUUAAACAUUUUACCUGAGUCUUACUUAUACUUUUUCAAAGUUCAAUUUGUGAAAUCUUGCAUAUAAGUAAAAAUAAUCGGUUGACUGAAACAUUUAUCAUGUUAUUAGAGAUCUAUAGAAAAAAUAUUUCAUGGAUAUGCCUUUCUAUGUUGUACAAAGAUAUUCUGCGGUGCUAGUAUCAUGUACUUAAUAUGUUAAGAAAGACAAAAAAGUUGAAAAUGCUUCCAAGUAUUGCAGUAAUCAUAAUUAUGCCAUUAAAUAUGGAUUUUCAUGGAUGUAACUGUAAAAAUGUAACAAUUACAGAGGGAAUAUUUGGAGAAGUCUGGAUUGAUAAUAAAGAUCAAAUUUUCAAUGACCCUCUAACAAAAAUGGUAAAAUCAUAUACUAUGAUAAAUACUAAUCGAAUGGAAGUUGUUAUUAUUACCUGGGGUGCUACAAUUGUAUCAUUAAAAUGUCCAGAUAAAUAUGGACAUUCUGUUGAUAUUGUCCUUGGUUUUGAUGAUAUGAAAGGAUAUUCAAAUCCUGUAACAAAUCCAUUUAUUGGCUGUAUAUUAGGCAGAUGUGCAAAUCGCAUUAAAAAUGGAUAUAUCACUAUUAGAGGCAGAGAUUAUGAAUUGACAAAAAAUGAUUUUAAUGGAAAACACCAUUUACAUGGAGGGACAAAUGGAUUUGGUCGUAAAGUUUGGGAUUCCUAUAUUGCUGGCUGUUCAGUUAUUAUGAGUUACUUAAGUCAAGAUGGUGAGGAGGGCUAUCCAGGUGCAGUAUUAACUACAAUAAAGUUUAAAUUGACUCCAGAAAAUAAGCUUGACAUAUAUAUGAGAGCAACAACUUCAAAGCCAACAAUAGUGAAUUUAUCACAUGGUUCUAUGUUUAAUUUAGCUGGACAUGACUCUGGAGAACUUGAAUUACGAAAGCAUAAAGUAUUAUUGAAUUGUGAUCGUUGGACAUUUGCGGAUUACACAGAUCCAGUUCCAACAGGUGCUAUACAUGGUGUAGGUGGAACAGUGAUGGACUUUCGAAUACCCCGAAUUUUAGGAAAAUACAUGGGCAAGGUACCACCUGGGGAAGGUUAUGAUCAUAAUUUAUGUGUUACAAAAAGUGGACAAUCUGGUAGUUCAUUUGUUGCCAAAGUAUGGCAUGUAAAAAGUGGACGUGCUUUAGAAAUUUAUUCAGAUCAACGUGGAGUACAGUUUUAUACUGGAGGUCGUUUACCACCUUAUAUUAUUCCAGAAUUUUUGUCUAGUAAUGAUUUAUUAGAAGACAUUGAAGAAGAUGAAAUUGGUGAAGUUUAUAACACUGAACAAGAUGAGGAAGAAGAAAUGGAAGUUGAAAAAAAUUAUAAAAAAAUAAUAACUGUGCCAAAAAAAUUAGAAUUUAUUUUAGGAAAACAUGGAGCUCAUUAUAAAAAAUAUUGUGCUUUUAGUAUUCAACCACAAAAUUAUCCUAAUGCAAUACAUUAUGUAAGUAUAUAUAUAUGAAACAUUUUGGCUUUUUUACUACAAUUACAAAAAUUAACAUACAAAAUAAAUUGUUUUCAGUCACAUUUUCCAUGUUCUAUAUUAUAUCCUGGUCAAGUUUAUUACCACGAUCUGACAUAUAAGUUUGAAGUGCAUCUUGCAAAUUAUAUGUAAAAGCUAUACAUUUUAUAUUUAUAUUAAAAUAUUUUAUAUCUAUAUUAAAAAAAAAGACCUGAUAAAAGAGUAGUUUUAGUAAUGUAAUAGUAAUAUGAUAGUAAUUAAUUAAUUUAUACUGUCAUUUCUUUUAUGUUAUUUUUUUAUCAACUACUUUUAUCAAUUUUCUUUUUAUUAAAAAAUUUAGCUACAGCACUCAUUGUGCUACCAAAAUUUUUAUGAACAAUUAA